GGGAGCUGAGGCGACGGCGGGAAGGAAAAUGACCGGAGGUGGGAAGCGGCGGCCUCGCGCGGCUGUGCCGGGGCUGGAGCAGUGUGAAAAACCUAAAGAUAUAAAAAAGAGACGUUCCAGCGAAGCAGACAUCCCUAGUCAUUUGUGCCAAGAAGUGGAAACUUGCUAUCAGCUCAAAAUGCCUGAAGAUUUCUAUCAUUUUUGGAAGUUUUGUGAGGAGCUGAAUCCUGACAAGCCAUGUGAAGCACUUCAGUCAAGCAUUGGACUUCAGCUAGUUGGACCAUAUGAUAUUCUUGCUGGAAAACACAAAAAGACAGACAAAUCAGGAGAUACGAACUUUAAUCUUCACUGGAGAUUUUUUUAUGAUCCUCCUGAAUUCCAGACUGUCCUUACUGGGGACAACAAAAUGCAGUAUCAUAUGGGAUACUUCAGGGACAUGCCAGACGAAUUACCAGUGUGGGUCGGAGAAAACGAAGCUAAGAAAGGCUGCGUGAUUUCUCAAGUUGGUGACAAUAUAUUUGCUGCUGUAAAAUUAUUUUUAUCCAGAAAGCUUAAGGAUUUGCCAGAUAAAAAGAAAAGUGGCAUUUUGAAAGCAAUAGAUGAAAAACUAACCGAAACAGCCAAAAAAAUGGGUUAUUUACUGGAGCAAAAAACUGUGAAGAUGAAACAGAGAGAUAAAAAAGUAGUGACGAAGUCAUUUCAUGGAGCUGGUCUGGUUGUUCCCGUAGAUAAGAAUGGUGUUGGGUACAGAGAGCUUCCGGAAACAAAUGCUAGUCUUAGAAGAAUUUGUAAAGCCAUUGUGGAUGCUCCUAAUGAUGACCAGAGACUGAAAGCCUUUGCCCCUAUUCAGGAAAUGCUGACUUUUGUUCAAUUUGCGAAUGACGAAUGUGAUUAUGGAAUGGGGUAUGAACUGGGCGUGGAUCUGUUCUGCCACGGGUCACAUUAUUUCCACAAGAUUAUUGGCCAGUUGCUGCCUCUUGCUUACAGUUUGCUGAAGAGGACCCUGUUUGCAGAAAUUAUUGAGGCUCAUUUAGCCAAUAGAAGAGAAGAGAAUCUAGACCAACUCGCCGUGUGAUAUAAAAUGAGAUUUGUAUAUCAAGUUUUUCAUUAAACCAAUGUAGUUUCUUUGUGUGAUAAAUAAAAUGUUUUUUUCUAAACAAGUAUAACUUACUGUGCAGAGGAGGGAGGAUAGAAACCACAUUUUUGUCACUAUCAUGACACUCCCAUACACACUCUUUGUUUGUCUUGUCUUGUCUUGUCUUUGUUUGUUUGUCUUGGCUUUAAGUGCAGCUUUAGAAGGCAAUGGCCUUCAAACCAUAUUCCAGAAAAUCUUGUGAUUCCCUAGUAGGAUCUGCAGUGGCAGACCAGCGGUUUUCUAAAGGCAUCAUUGUCUGAUAUUUUAGAGAAAUGCCACGGGACUGUUGCAUGUGUUCAAGGGGCCACUCUCAGGGCCA